AUGUGGUUUGAUGUGUGUGUGUUUCAAGAAGUAUCAGUAUUGAAUCCUGGCCAAUCUCUGACAAAGUAUUUGGAAGGGGACUUUUGUCAUACAAUAGAAUGUCUGGAAGAAAAAGAUAACAAUACAGGCUUUCAUACUCUGAAUGUUACAAUGGUGAACUGUUCAAAAGAAUGCGAUGUUCACCAGAUGUACACCCCAGCCCCCAGUGAUUAUGAUUGCUGUGGAACCUGUAAAAAUAUAUCCUGCAAAUUUCAUAUGGAAAAUGGAACAUCAGUUAUAUAUGAGGAGGGGAAAACCUGGCACUAUAACUGCACCACAUAUGAAUGUGUUAAGACUGAUGAGGGCGCAACGAUUCUAAACUACACCUUUGUUUGCCCUCCUUUUAAUGAGACCGAAUGCAAACUG